UUCCCGCUUGGCACAGCCUUCUUACACCGAGACAGAGUGGACUUUGGUAUCUUGAAAGACGCGCCCUUCUCUAAGUAAACAAAUCGUCGACGCCGAGUUGCUUCACUACUAGCCAUGAUAACAAGUCACGGAGCAAACGCAGCCAUCAAGCCAGGCUUGUGAACACGCGCACGAACAACAGGCAACAGGAAAGAAAAAUGUAGAAUUGCUGAGGAACAGAGGGGAGCGAGAAGCAGAAUGACGCAAAUGACGCGACUGACGCACAAAAUAAAAUUAAAAAAAUAAAUAAUAAAAAAGAACCAGUUCGAGUUUCGAACGAUCAAAAGUAACGCAGACGACGAAAGCGAAAGUCACGCACAAAUACUCCGCCUAAAAAUGGUCCACGUAAAUACGGAGCAAUUAAUAGAAGAGCCAAUGGGAGAAACACAAACCCGACCACACUUCCAAGACGAAGAACAAGUACGAGUUGCCGAGCGUCGAAACUGAGAGCACUGUGCGGAACAACGAACAACCUCAAGGUAAACAAUGCAAACCGAGAAACGGAACAAGCCGAGCCACUGAGCCGAGCGGACCAGUGACCACCGCGGUGGGACAAACUAGCAGACGCAGUCAGAGCCGAAGACCGAAUCUAUAAUAAGCCAGGGCGAUGGCCAGCGUCGAAGCUACGCUGUUUGGUUACAUUUUAAUCUAAUUUUUAGCGCCCCCGAAGCACCGCGCAAAUUCGCUUCCCUGCAAUUAAGGAAUUGUGCGUGCGUGCGUGUGUGUGUGUGUGUGAGCUUUUCGCGCCGAGAAUUCGGGAGUUGCUCGCAGUCGUGAGGGGUUUACUUCCGACGACUUCGCGAGUUCAAGUUUUCGUUAAAUCGACGGCUGUAUGGUGUUUCAGAGGUCAUAAAAAUAAUAUUUAAUAAGUUCUACUAUUUUUAAUAAUUAAUAUGAGCCUUGAGGAUAUUUAGGAUUUUCUUCCAACGAAUAAACACCAAUAACAUACCAUCAUGUUACAGCAGUUUCACUUCUGUUUUCAAGAGAGAUAUUCCAGGCUCAUUACAAUCCCGUCCAAUCCAAUCCAAUCCACCUUUAUUUUUCGGAGUUGCCCGAACGGCUUUCCCUGGGCUUUCCUUUCUGGCUCUGCUCUUGCCUGUGCCUCCUAGUCCUAACAGGACCUCUGCUUUGAUUUGGAAUCGAAGAGGGCACUUCUCGAGGAGAUGGCCCACAAGAAGCGACUGGUUAUUCCCCAGAUUUUUGAGGAACCAGUGCAAGCAUCAACAUCAGGUUCUGCGUCCAACAAGAACUUGAAACAACGCAAGGCUCUUGCCAAGAGGAAACAGAUGGCGAGCAUCCUAAGUAAGAAGAGGCCUUUAGCAGGAGACUCAACCGACGAUGAGGACCCUGCAGUUGUGCCGAAGUCGGAGCUAGAUAGGGCUGAAGAAGCUCUGCGAUCUCUGCGGAAGAGGCUCCGCAAGGCGGAGGAAAAGUCUUGUGCCACAUGCGCCGAAGGCGUUGUGUCGAAAGCCGAACAUGACGCAGCUCUUGGAAAAAUUGAGGAGCUUCAAAAGAAACUAAAGGAAGUAGAGGAUUCCAACUUUCGACUCAUGCGUGUCGUCCUCGACAAGAUCGGUGUGUCUACAAUGCUGUACCGCACAACUGGGGCAUCGGGCAGCACGCAAGAAUUGACAGACUCCGAGGAGUGUUCCCAUCUGCAACCUGCAGGGAACCUAUCCCCGCUCCCUGUGGAGGCUACAGAGUCUGAGGAGGUUCCUCCCGCUGAACCACACAGUGAUGCCGGGGCUGCUGGCUGUGGGGAGUCUGGGGAUGUUCCUUAUCCUCCGCUUCUUGCUGUCCUGGAUGGUCAAGUUCAUCUCGGCCACGGCAUAACCCUGGCGGAGGACACGAUGACCCACGCUCUCACCCAUGCGUCCACUCCUGGACGGUUCGUGAGAAUGGUCAGUCGAGGCCUCUGGGAGCCUGCAGCGCUGUUUGACCGGAGCGUCACCGGACAAGCCUGCAGGCGCCUUCUCAAAAAUGGGGCAGUGGGGAAGACACCCCUCACCCCAGAAAAGAUUGAUGCCGUCAUUGCUGCGUUUGGCUGCUAUGCAGAAAAGCAGGCCAAAAUCAAGAAAGACAAGGAGGACGGCAAGAAAGACAAGGAGGACGGCAAGAAAGACAAGGAGGACGGCAGCAACAAGCCAGGUCCCAAGAAAGGCAAAGAGCCGUCCGUCAGGGACGUGGUGAAAAAGCUCUUAGGUGACUAUUUGGUCGAUAAGAACAGGGAAGAGGAGAGGGCGAAGAAGAACACAAAGAACGACCACGAAUCUCCGUUAGCAGUUCCCCCACCCUAAAUGCCAGUCGCUUCCGCUUUUCGUCCUUUUUUUUUUUUUUUUUGCUGCAAUAUUUUUUUUUUUAAUUUUUAUUGUGUUUUGGCAUUAUACUUAUAAGAACCUUGUGCAAUAUGUAUUUUUAUUUACAAAGCUAUAUUUUUUUUAUGAUUUAUUAAUUAUUUUUUAGUCUUGAAUGUGUUAAUGGUACUGACGGGAUAAGUUGUUUCGUUUGUUUUAAAUCGAAAACAUGCUUUUACGACAAAAACUUGGGCAGCUUCGCAAUGCCUCCGCCAGGUGCCGUCAGCCGUGGUGCUGUAUUUUGGCUUUUUAUCAAAGCUAGACACUGAUCUCUGGGGCUAAAUAUAUUUAAAAAAAUAGUUUAUCAUGUUUUUACUGCAAUCGCAAUAAAAAUCUCGGCUUAGUUUUGCGUAAAAACCUCAGUAUUUCGUACGGUCAUGUGUCCAGUGGUCAAACAACAUGGCGGCAGCCAAGAGGGGGUCAGUUUUGCUUGGUGAACGGAAUACCACUUUAUCGCUUUAAACCCCUCUGUAUACCUAGUUGGCUCUCUUGUAUAUAUUUGUGGUUUUGCCUUAUUUUCUUGAUUUUUUUUGUAGAGGAUUUUGUGUGUGCGUGGUGCGCAGGUCCUUUUGAAAACUAGCACCUCCUCGGCAAAUACGCCUUUUCCUAGGU